AUGGCGUUCAGCUCUGUCGAGGGCGAAGAGCUCAUCCGACGUGUACUCAAAGAGGCGUUCAAGAUCAAUGUUCGCGAUCAUCAAGCAGAGGCUAUAGGUGUACUACUCGAUGGACGCGACGUGCUCUCUGUGACGUCGACUGGCUCUGGCAAGACUGAGACUCUGAUCCAACUUAUGCAUGUCAUCUCUCAUCUUGCACGCAACCCAUCUCUGUCUCCCGCUCGUGCUUUUCCAACGGAGCCCGUGAUCCUUGUAGUAUGCCCGACAAAAUCUCUAGAAGAAAACAUGGGCGCAAGGAUCCUAGGUGCAGGGAUUGAUGCACUCGUCAUCAAUCGUGACACACUCGAGAGGGAGUACAAGAAAGGUCGCAAUCUGUACAAAGAAGCUGUCAGGAUAGGCUCAAGGGUGAUUCUAGUCGCACCGGAGCAGCUUGCAUCGAAGGGGUUCGAGAGUAUUCUGGCAAACAGUGACUUAUGCUCGCGACUGCGUGUCAUGGCUAUUGAUGAAGCUCACCUGAUGAACUCCUGGGGAAAGACGUUUCGGAAGGCAUAUCGAGAGGUUGGAUGGGUGCGUGCUAGAUUCACCAAUCGGAUACCUGUCUUUGCUGCGACGGCAACACUACAACCGGGUGCUGCUACAGAGCGUGUUCUCGAGCUUCUAGGCUUCGAGGAAGGGGCCUACCAGAUCAUCCGGCACUCAAAUGAGCGACGUGACAUCCGCAUCAUUAUGCGAGAACUCACUCAUGGCCUAGAUGGUGACUCGCACCCAUCUCUGUACUGGCUGCUGAAUCGGACCAAGCCUGCACUCGUCUUUUGCAAGACCAUUGCGCGUGGCUAUCGUCUUGCAAGGGCCCUGGUGGAGGAAGCUGUCAAGCAACAAAAGACAAUAGAAAUUCGGUUGUAUAACUCGCUUCAUUCCCUGGAGUACAACUCUCAGACGCUUGCAUUCGUCCACUCGGUGUGCCACUCUGCAAGAACCGGCUGUAUGAAAGCUAGGCUGUUGAAACGAUGCGGAUCCCACUGCAGGUAA